AUGCGUCUCCACCUCGUUAUACAGCGGCACGGUCUCCCCACCACCCGUGUCCUCUGGACGACAUCCUCGCCCAGCUCUGCUUCUUCCAAAGCCAAUUCCGCUGUCUUGUCCUUCGCGACUGUGUCAUCUUCUACUCUUACGUCAACGCGCGCGCCAAAUUCUGGCUUUGGAGCUGGCGCCUCCGCCGCGGCUUCGGGAAGCGGGGGGUUGACCAUUGCACAAUUGCUGGAAGAUGUGAAUGAGGUUAUUCCGCUUGAGACACACGUUGAGGAUGGUAUUGGUGAUGCGGGACAAUGGGGCCUGGAGGAUUAUGCGGUAGAAGUUAUGGGGUUUGAGUGCUUACAUUUCAUGGAGGUUGAUGGGCUGCUGAGAGAUGGAGAUGAGGUUGUCGAUCUUAUGGCCAGGAGACUCACGGGCCGGCAUCAGAUUACUAUCGAUGGGAAACAUUUAAUCGAUGGUGUUCCAUUUGGGAAACCUUACAUUCAAAAAGCCACGUCGUCAAGGCCGCCUAUUACAAUCCCACCACGGAAGAAAAGGCGUUUGAACUUUGGUGGAUGGCGGAUCGAUGACGCUCUUGCAGGAGACUAUAACGAUGAAGAUGAAUAUGAUGAAGAGAACGACCCAGAGUGGAAAGAAGAGGUGGACGGGGCUGGGAAAGAGCUUGUGGUUGCGGCCAGGGAUGUAGACCACAGUGACGAGGAUGACGAUGAAUAUGAAUAUCAGAGCGAGAGCGAGAGCGAUGAAUCUGCUGUAACCCCAUCUGAGGAAGCAAUAAUGUCCUAUGCGCGACGAACUGAGGGGCAGCCUGGAGCGAAAGCGACCGGCUCAUUGCCGUCCACACGUGGGUCGAAAAAACAAGCGACCAAGCGACAGAAGCGAGAAGCACAAGCGAACCUUGGUGUUGUGGAACGUAAAGUCCACGGGAUCUUGCAUCGAAAAGGCCAGACAGGCUCCACAUCUUCACAAAAGCAAAGUGCCAGUGUAAGCUUCGAGGAUCAACAGAACGUUGAUUUCGAGGGAUCAAAAGCCUCUGAUGCGGAAUCGGUUAGCGAUGGUGUUUCUGUUUCUAGUACUGAUCAGUCAAGCGACGAGAAUGAAACAAGCUCCAUUUCUUCUAGCGACUCCAGCUCGAGCGGAGCGUCGUCCGAAGCCUCUUCAAAUUCAAGUGGCAAUUCAUCAACUUCAGGAUCUGAAGCUAUCAAAUCCCCUACUUUCAGUGCCAAACGGCAAACGACAACUUCUUUAACGGAAACUGAUACAAAGUCCACCAUAGCUGCUCCCCGGGUAAUUGAUCAUCCUCCCGGUACUGGCUCUCGAAAGACGAAAAACACCAAUAGGAGAAAUAAGUUACGGAGAAAACUCGAAAAAUUGAAGGAGCUCGGAAUACUUCAUAAAGAUGCUAAUUUCGACGAUCUGCGCAAGUGGUGCGAGGCUAAUCCAGGCCCGUUUCCGGAGGUAUUGGGUGAAGCGACCCCAGGAACUCAAACGAAAGUCGUUGAUGAGCAAGCAGAAUUCGAGCGGAAGCGUGAACAGCUAUUGCGUGAUAUUUCAAACGGAGUACACGGGAGCCCACGGCUUACCAGGAACACUAAUACAUUUAGUCCUCCGGAAUCUUUGUCAACCACACCUAUAAAUGGGCCCAAUGGAGCUCCAAGCAAAACUGGAAAAUCAUCGAAGAGAAAAUCGAUAUCAGAUGUUCCCAGCUCUCGGCAACUUGUAUUUGAUUCGCUGGGUUUGAAGCGCCCCAAGACCAAGGAAAAUGAAGGGGCAUUACCAGAGAAGCUCACUCCAAAAGAAUUGCCGUUGGUUGAAGACGUCGAUAAACCUACGGAGGCGAAGAUCGAUAUAAUUGAAAACUGGCAAGAUCGACUCAUUCUCCAAGCUACGGAAUGUCUUUAUGACGAUGUAAAGUUAUCUGCACCGCCGUUCCCUUUCGUUCAACGAUGGGAUAAGGAUGCCCAGGCCAAAAUCCGCGAACUUAAAGGGAGUCAACAAGUUAGUGGCAAGAAGCGGAAGCGUAAAUCUCGAAAUCACCGGGUAGAAGACUAUCAUGACGAUUGUUGCAACGGAGAAGCCAGUUUUUCAAACGAAAAUCAUCUAGAUUAUGGAGGUGAUGGGGCUGGUGAACAUCCAGCAACCCCAGCUAAGUCGCUUAACAGAGCUGCCCCUGGUCCGCAAAUCCAGGAUGCUACUGGUAUGGAGGCCACUCCUCUGGGAAGGGGUGCGUCCACCGAUGAUCUUCCAAGUUUACCAGACGAUGUAUCAACGUUGAAAGAUGCACAAGGCGCUGAUAUGAAGCCUGGAACAAUCAUCGCUUUUAAGCAAUUGGACAUGUCUAAAGCUACGAACUGGCAACCAUUGGUGUCAGAAUAUCGCACUGCCGUGGUCGAAAGUGUUGUGGAUGGGACUUUGACAAUGCGACUUGCGCGACAACAUAGAGAGCAACCCCCGCAAAGCCAUGACGACAACGACAAUGGAGUGGCACAGUACACCAAGUUUGAGAUGCCUGGUUAUGAUGAAUGGGAAGGCGAAGAUGAUGGAUUUAGGGAAAUGCAAUUUGAAGAGCUCAUAGAACCGAAAUUGCUGUCCGCGGGGUCUGGGGAUAGUCUGGUGGAGGUGGCGGAGGAGACACAGAACCAUCUGUUGGUAUAA